AUGCAGGAGGUCAACUUCCUGCGGAGUCGCAACCAAGCCGGCAAGGUGGUGUUUGUGGAUAUCGCCAGUCCGCAGUACAACCCGGCGGAAAACGCGGGGAUCACAUUUGAACAGGGGGGGUUCUUCCAGGAGACGUCCAAAGACUCGGGCCAUGGCGACCAUUCAUGGAAUAACCGCGGAAGGAAAGUGCCCCUCAGGACAGCGGGUCGGGGUCGGGGUCGGGUGGGGGUGGGGAUGGGGGGAGGUCGCGUGUACACGGGGGUGGAGGUGUUUCGUCUGGUGUACGAUGCGGUGGGGCUGGGCUGGGUGUACGGCAUUACGAAGAAUCCCACCGUACUGGCACUCGCCAACAAGGUGUACGACGUGUGGGCCAAAUACCGUACACAACUGACGGGACGCGAGGCGCUGGAGGUGCUGCUGAAGCGGCGGGAAAUGGAGGGGGCGGGCAAGGCGUCGUGCCGUACAGUGGACGCGACGGAUGGCGGCGGCACCAAGCAGUGCGACCUCUGAGCGGCCCUCUUCGCUGCGUGUCUUGGUGUAUUUUGUCUUGACGAGCUGGCGGCGCCGGGGGUUGUGGUGGCGGUCGUACAUCGUAGAGAACCCUCGCUGAGGAGGGGAAGGCACCGAAAGGUGGAGGGGGGAGGGGGACGGGGGACGGGGGACGGGGGGUUUGUUUCCCGCAAAACGCGCAAUGAAAUGUCGUAAAUGGGUGGUGGCGGUGAUGGUGGUGGUGGUAAAAUCCUGUAAAAGGGAUUGAGCAGUUUGGCGUAGUGCGGGGGGCUGCAGCAGGGUGAAGGGAUCCGUAGUGUAGUACUAAAACAUUGCCUCGUAGGGGAUUGCGGACGACGUGUUUUAGAGGCGAGGCCACAAAAAAGGUGGUUAAAAGAGUGUAUUUUUACUGGCAGUUCUAUUAUUGGGCUGCCUGAGUCCUUAUGCACUGGAAAAGCAGUUUUUUACUUUACUUGUCCGACGGAAUUUUAUGGAUUGGUCUGUGUAUAUAAAGUAAUAAUGGUGGAGGGGAUCAUAUUUGCAAUUGCACUAGGGCAGUGUGAUGACAUGCAUGGUCUGGUAGAGAGCGUUUGCGUUGUAUCACGUCUUUUUGCCGAAAAGAACCGAUCGGCGGAUGACAGAUCCCGUGAUACCCGUGAUACUACAGUUUGCCGAUAAUUUUGAUGAUAUUCCAAUUUUCGGAUGCGCUGUGGGCUAGCAGCUCACGAGAGUCCACCGUCUUGCAAGUCGGGGGCCGUCAAAAUGGCAAAAUGCCAGAAAGCCUCAGGAGUCUCAGAAAGCCUUGUCGGAGUGACAUGAGAGACAUGCAACCUGUCAGCUAAAUGCUUGCUUUGAUUACUCUUUUUCAUACUAGAUUUAUAAUGUGUGUGACGCUCUCCCGACUUCUCUCGCACGCCAUCCUUGGAAGUGGGUGGGUAGGCCGUGGAGGUGGAAAGGUGGGGGGCUGCCUCCUCCGCUCCUUCACUUCCUGUCCAUCACUGUAAUUCGGCACCGGUG